UUUAUAUAAAGCCGUGUCGUGCAACGGAUCUCUUAGUUGUAACGAGUAACGAACGGAGGCAGAGACUGUGGAGCAAGCAAUGGGCCAAUCAGAGUUGUGGUCUAAAAUUAUAGGCACAGCCACAGUGUUCUUAUUUUGCAGUUUUACAGUUGCAACAUCUUCUCCGACUUGCAGUUCCAAGGAAUUGCCCCAACAAUGCAAGGACAGGGUUGGUAGACUCCCAGGGCAAACCUUCAACAUCAGCUUUGCACACUAUGCUGGCUACAUCACGGUCAAUGAAAAGGAUGAAAGGAAUCUCUUCUACUGGUUCAUUGAAGCACUCGAAGACCCUCAAUCCAAACCCCUUGUUUUAUGGCUCAAUGGAGGGCCUGGAUGUUCUUCCAUUGCUUACGGAGAGGCAGAGGAAAUUGGCCCAUUUCAUAUAAAUUUAGAUGGCAAGACCCUUUAUCUCAAUCCUUAUUCUUGGAACCGAGUUGCCAACAUUCUUUUUCUUGACACUCCUGUUGGGGUUGGAUUUUCUUAUUCAAAUAAGACAUCUGAUCUGCUCAACAAUGGCGAUAAGAGGACAGCUGAAGACAAUUUGGUAUUUUUAGUGAAGUGGUUGGAGCGUUUCCCCCUGUAUAAAAGAAGUGACUUUUUUAUCAGUGGUGAGAGCUAUGCAGGACAUUAUGUUCCUCAACUUAGCCAAGCUAUUGUAAAGUACAACUUGGCUACCAAAGAAAAUGCUAUAAAUCUGAAAGGUUUUCUGGUUGGAAAUGCUCUAACAGACGAUUUCCAUGAUCAGUUGGGGAUUUUUGAGUUUAUGUGGUCAAGUGGUUUGAUUUCGGAUCAAACCUACAGGUUUUUGAACCUGCUAUGUGAUUUUCAGUCAGUUGUACAUCCGUCAGAUUCAUGUGAAAAAGUUAUGGAAAUUGCUGAUAAAGAAAUGGGAGAUAUAGACCCGUACAGUCUCUUUACUCCCCCGUGCCAUGCUAAUGUUAGCCAGUUAAAUCAGCUGGUGAGAAGAAAGCAGAGAAUUGGCAGACUCAGUGCAGGGUAUGAUCCUUGCACUGAAAAGCACACCACAGUAUACUUCAAUCGACCUGAGGUCCAAAAGAUUCUUCAUGUUGAUCCUGAUCAUAAGCCUGCUAAAUGGGAGACCUGCAGUGAAGUGGUAAAUACACAUUGGAUGGAUUCUCCAAGAUCAGUACUCAAUAUUUAUCGGGAACUUAUUCGAACGGGAUUGAGAAUAUGGAUGUUCAGUGGUAAUACAGAUGUUGUAAUCCCUGUGACAUCUACGCGCUAUAGCAUAAAAGCUCUUAAGCUUCCUACAGUGAGUCCUUGGCAUGCAUGGUAUGAUGAUGGGGAGGUAGGAGGAUGGACCCAGGAAUAUGCUGGACUUACGUUUGUGGCUGUGAGGGGUGCAGGCCACGAAGUUCCUCUGCACAAACCAAAACUUGCUCUCACACUGUUCAAAGCCUUCUUAGCUGGAACCUCAAUGCCCACCCUCGAGCUUCUUCGUUCCUCUUGAAAAUUUACGUUACAUUUUACCGUGCAACUAUUCUCAUUGUUAUUCUCCGUUGAAAUAAGUUCUACAUCCAAGGGAAUCCCAUUUUUAUAUCUUUGUAAUGGCACGGUUCUUGCGCGCACAACUCCAUUUGUUUUAGUAUUUUGAACAUAGCGUUACUUCUUGUCAUUAUUUGACUAUUAGGCAAAAUCUUGAAGUAGCCGUGUAGUUUAAAUUUGAAUAAAGGUUAAUUUU